GGGUUGGCCGGAUUGUGAUAGCGACAGAUGUCUAGAAAACUGCGAGGGGCACUCCUCAGUUACAAUACAGUCCCAGGCUGCACCUCGGAGGGAGAGCAGGGGCGGAAUCUGCAGCUGUCACUCCAAAGGUUUACCUCCAUUAUCACAUCCAGCCGGAGCCUGGAGAAGAAGUCCAACUGACCACUCUCUAGAAAUACAGGAGACAUCAUGGGAGGCAAACUGAGCAAGAAGAGGAAGGGAUAUGAUGUGAGCGACCCCAAAGCUAUGAAGGAUGAGAUUGCAACAGCAGUUGCUAGUGCAGAGGAGUCUACUAAAGUGGUGGAUGGAGCUCCACCCACAGGAGCUGAGGCUGAGUUGACAGCUAAGGCAGACAAUGUGGUAGAAGAAGCUGUGGGGUCAGCUGUGGCAGCAGUAACUGAAGCUGUUGCAGCUCCAGAAGAGCCCAAAUCUGCACCUCCAGAAGAACCAGCUGCUGUAGCUCUGGAGGAGGCUUCUCCAGUCCAGGAAUCAGUUACAGCAGCAGAGGAAGCAGCUCCAGUCGCAAAAGAACCUGCUGCAGCGGCAGAAGAACCAGCUCCAGUCACAAAAGAACCUGCUGCAGCGGCAGAAGAACCAGCUCCAGUCACAAAAGAGCCUGCUGCAGCGGCAGAGGAAGCAGCUCCAGUCACAAAAGAGCCUGCUGCAGCGGCAGAGGAAGCAGCUCCAGUAGCAGAGGAAUCUGCUCCAGUAGCAGAGGAACCAGUUACAGCAGCAGAGGAACCAGCUCCAGUAGUAGAAGAACCAGUUGUAGUAGCAGAGACAUCUGCUCCAGCAGCAGAGGAACCAGCCCCGGCAGCAGAGGAGUCAGCUCCAGUGGUACAGGAGCAAACCCCAGUAGAGCCCCCAGAGGCUAAAGCAGCAGCAGAGGAAGUCUCUGCUCCAGCACAAGAAGAAGCUGUACAAAGUGAGGUUGAACCUGAGCCUGCAGCUGCACCUGAAGAGCUCCCUGUAGAAGAACCUGCUGCAGCUCCACCAUCUGUGCCAGAGCCAGAGGUUGUUCCAGCCAGCACUGAGGAAGCACCCAAAGGCCAAGAGCCAGAGCCCAUCCCAGAGACUGUUACUGAGCCCGAAGCAACUAUGGAGGAGGCAGUGGCACCUGCUGCUGUCCCUGAACCCGAGCCAGUGGCUGAACCAGCUGUAGAGCCAGUGCUGGAGCAAGCCCCAGAACCAGAGCAAACCCCUGAGCCAGAGCCCGAGUCAGAGCAAGUACCAGAGCCAGAACUAAAACAGGAACCAGAGUCAGUACAAGCACUUGAACCAGAACCAGAACCAGAGCAAGCCCCAGAGCCAGAGUUAGAACAAUCACCAGAGCCAGAACCAGAGCAAGAGAAAGAGGCAGAGCCUGAGCGAGAGGCUGAUGCAGUAGAGCCCCCAGCAGAGGAACAAGUACAAGAUGUUGAGCCAGAACCAAUCAUACCUACAUCUGACAUUACUGAAUCUGAGACUGUGGAAGCAAAAGCAGAAGCACCUGUGGAGACUGCAGCAGAGGAGGUCCUCUCUCAACCUGAGGAGGUGGAAUCUGUUGCCUCCGGCACUGAGGUGGCAGCUGAGCCAGAAGAAUCAGAACCCGUCCCUGAGAUUGUUAUCUCAGAGUCUGCAUCUGCCAGCGAAAUUACUGCAGAGUGUGAAGAGGUACCUGAAGCCUCAGUAGAAGAGGUGCCUUGCCCAGAGCCUGAGGUUGAAACCAAAAUGGAAAAUGGAGAUUUAGAGAGCCCUUCUGUUACAGAGGAUGUGGCGGAAGUAGAUGCACUUCCAGCAGUGAAUGGAGAAUGCACAGAUUCCGCUGGCGCUACCACCGGGCAGACAGAGGAAUGUGUUAACGGCAGUGAAAAGCCAGAGGAGGCACCCAUCAAGGAGCAGAGUGACUUUGAACUGAAAAAGGACGUGAACCUGAGUGGGGACAUCCAGGAAGUUCCCGACGUGGUCCCCGACAUGGUGGAAGGUCUCAGCACUGAGGUUACCCAGGCGGUCUGAACAGAAGCCAUCUUUCAAAUCAGUGUGAAUUCAGUUUAAUCCUCAAAUGGUGUGAGAAAGCCAUCAAAGUAUCACAAACACAGCUAGGCUUUCUGAAAUGCUGCAAUGUCUAUAGUGGUAACUCAGGCAAAAGGAUGUUUUCUUUUGAGUAACCAAAAAUGAAAUGCAACCACUUGAGGAUAGAAAGAGAGAAAGAGACAGAGAGAGAGAGAAAGACAGAGAGAGAGAGAGAGAUAGCAAGUGAGAUGGAAGUGCAGAGGGGUUUGGAAUCUGAGGGGUGAGUGCAGACAGACAGUGAAACAUGAAAGCAGAGCAAAAAAUACUGGGCAGUAAAUAUAAUAUUAAUGAAUGAAAUGAAUAAAUUUGUCUUUGUGUGUGAACCCGAUUAAUAUUACAAAGUGGUUUAUUGGAACAGCAUUCAUUAUUAGUAUAUUAUCUGAUUUAGAAUUUCGUAUAUCCUUUCUAUGACUAUACGCAGAGAUGACAAAAAUGUUUUGGCCUUUUAUAAUAAUGGUACCUGUGAGGACUGUUAAUUUUAAAUUGAUUGUUCGGAAUAGAGAAUAAAAAGAGAUUGUUAUAGCCUA